AAACACAACCAACAACUAAAUGCUCAAAAAUGUCUGGAACCGACAUGCCAUACACGUUCGAUCAGGAUCCAUUAGACAUGGAUACUAGCAGUGAAGUUUAUUAUCCAACAUUAGUGGGCUACGGUGGUACCAGUAAUGAAAGAAGCGGGUCAACAUCAGCUGGUAAAAAGGAGAAAAAAGUUGUUUCAAUUAAUACAGCGGACACUAGAAAGUCUACACAGCACCUAAAAACACGAAACCAUUCAACAUCCAAUGCAAUUGACAACGAGCUAACACCACUUCUCCAUCCAUCAAUUUCCCUGCCCACAGUUGUUGGGUACGACGGAUUCAAUGAGGAUUACCAAGCUGGACACAACCCACCGACAACCACGAGAUCAGAGAUUGGUCCACGAGAGUUUGCCCGAAAGAAAAGACGCCGUCCGAGAUUCAACACUCUGCAGGGAUUAAACCGGAAGAAAAAGCCAAGACCGUUCAUUAUUUCUCCGUUUAUGCCGAUCUCCACCCAAAUCUCAGUGGAUGGGCCAAGAUCGUCAGCACUGAGUGCAAAAAUCAAUUAUGAGUCAACUGCAGAACGGCUUAGUAUUAAGGAGUCCGAAGGUAGUGAAAGCGACUCGGAUGAGGAAAGUGCGAUUUCCGAUGAAGAGCAGGCGGUGCCGUUUUUGAAGAGUGCUCUUCACACAGUAUCUGCUCUAUCUUCCCGUCAACUUCUUUCAAUUUCCAUGCUUAGUCUUGCCAAUUUGUGCUCAACAAUCGCAUUUUCAUGUAUUGCACCAUUUUAUCCAGCAGAAGCCAAGUUGAAAAACUUGUCAGAAACGCAGACAGGAAUUGUGUUUGGAAUUUUUGAAUUUACCAUGUUUAUCAUUUCACCGCUUUUUGGAAAAUAUAUCAUAUUCAUUGGAGCUAGAACUAUGUUCAUUGUUGGAAUUGCGGUUACCGGGGUUACGGCAAUUUUGUUUGGAUUUCUCAACUUUCUCCCAUCGGGUAACACAUUUUUCUGGUUCAGUGUCCUUGUUCGAAUAUUGGAAGCUGUUGGAGAUGCCGCGUUUGUUACUUCUAGUUUUGCUAUUGCCGCCAAAAGUUUCCCCAAAAAUGUCGCAUUUGUUGUGGGCAUUCUGGAAACAUUUGCUGGAUUGGGAUACACUGCUGGACCAGUGAUUGGUGGUUUCUUUUAUGACAUUGGCGGGUUUCAGCUUCCAUUUUUGGUGUUAGGAAUCGUGCUGCUAGUUGCUAGUGUACUAGCCUUCUUUUUAAUCGAAAACACUAAAGAUGAUGAGAGUAACCCUGAAGAUAAAGGAAUGCUGGAAAUUUUGCGAUUACCUCAAAUCUGGCUCCCAAUUUUCUCUGUGGUAUCCUGUGCAAUCUCUCUGUCAUUUUUGGAUCCAACACUCUCAAACCACUUGGAAUCGUUCAAACUAACUCCUACUGAAAUUGGACUCAUGUUCCUACUGUGUGGUGGGUUUUACACGGUAAUGUGCCCGGUUUUCGGAGCAAUUAUGGACCGACUUCAUAAUGGAGAGAAUUUGUUACUUUUCGGAUCAAUUGCUACUUUAUUAUCAAUGUUUUUCAUUGGCCCAACACCAUUGUUGAAUGGUUAUGUUGAGAAAGAUCUCUGGGUAAUUGGUAUCUCCUUGGCAGUUCUUGGUUUGGCUGCCAGUGCGCUUUACAUUCCAUGCUUCCAGAUGUGUUUAGAUGAAGUCAAAGACAAAGGAUUUGACGACAAUUUCCAUACCUAUGGCUGCGUGUCUGGAAUUUUUCAAGCUGCGUUUGGAUUUGGAUCUUUCAUUGGUCCCACAUUUGGUAGCGUUGUAGUUGAAAGAGUUGGAUUUAGAUGGACAACUACUAUGAUCGCAUUUUUACAUAUCAUUUUGAGUACUGUCGUUCUACUGGGUAUCAUCAUCAAAAAGUGCAGGCGUUAAAAACUUGUGAUAUCUCAUUGUACAUAUUAUUUAAAACCCAUCGCUUUAUUGUAACAGUUUUCUCGAUCUGUGAUUUGCAUUCCUUUUUCAUGUCUCAGAUAUUCAAUGUUUCUCACAUGACUAAGCAUUUUUGUAGUUUGUAAUAAAGUAAUUUAU